UUCACGGAGGGUUCCGCCGCUGUCAGACUCUAUUGCUCAACGUCUGCCAGACUUGGAUAAGAGUGCACGGAGGGGCUUUGGGGACGGAGAAAGGAAUAAACAAGAUUUUUUGGAGACGCUCGCGAGUGGAUUGUGAUCAUUCUGCAAGGUUGAAAUAAGGCCGGACGGUGGUGAUGUCACUGCAAAGUAAGUUGAGUGAGGCACAGGGGGCAGUGAAGGUGGAGGAGUGGCAGCAGACGUUUUACACCUCUGACUCAGGGAUACAGUCGGGGGCCACUACGAUUCGUGAUGAAGAUGAAUCUGAGUGCGGCAAGAAGUAUACCGUCACCAGCACUGCUGUGGAGAGUGCCGCAGAUAUAGAGUCCCAGUAUAGUCUGACUCGAGCUCAGAGAGUUCGUUCUGCCAUGUUUCCUGAGACACUUGUGGAGGGAGAGACGGUGCUUUCCAAUCAGAGCAAUCCAGACAUGCCAACCAAUGUCCAGAGACUGGCUGAGCCAUCGCAGCUCCUGAAAACAGCUAUCGUCCACCUCAUUAACUACCAGGAUGAUGCUGAGCUUGCCACACGAGCUGUGCCAGAACUUACCAAACUGCUGGCCGAUGAGGACCAGGUGGUGGUAAACAAGGCUGCACUCAUUGUGAACCAGCUAACAAGGAAGGAGGCAUCUCGUCGUGUGCUCAUGCAGUCUCCUCAGAUGGUGGCGGCUGUGGUGAGAGCCAUGCAGACCACCGGAGACCUAGAGACCACUCGUUGCGCCGCAAGCGUCCUGCACAGCCUCUCACACCAGCGCGAGGGCCUGCUAGCCAUCUUCAAAUCAGGCGGCAUCCCUGCACUCGUGCGCAUGCUCAGUUCUCCAAUGGAGUCUGUGCUCUUCUAUGCCAUUACCACAUUACACAACCUGCUCCUACACCAGGAGGGAGCAAAGAUGGCGGUGCGCUUGGCUGAUGGACUGCAGAGGAUGGUCCCUCUGCUGAAAAAGAGCAACCCAAAGUUCCUGGCCAUCACCACAGACUGCCUGCAGCUGCUGUCCUACGGCAACCAGGAGAGCAAGUUAAUCAUCCUGGCAAAUGGUGGGCCUGAGAGUUUGGUGUUUAUAAUGAGAAACUACAACUAUGAGAAGCUUCUGUGGACGACCAGCAGAGUUCUGAAGGUGCUUUCGGUUUGUCCAAGCAACAAGCCAGCCAUUGUUGAAGCUGGAGGUAUGCAGGCUCUUGGCCAGCAUCUAACAUGCUCCAGUCAGCGUCUAACGCAAAACUGCUUGUGGACUCUGAGAAAUCUCUCUGACGCCGCAACCAAACAGGAAGGUCUCGAUGGCCUUCUACAAAUAUUAGUGAGUCAGCUUGGCUCGGAUGACGUGAACAUGCUGACAUGUGCUACUGGCAUCCUGUCCAACCUUACCUGCAACAACGCACGCAACAAAGCCCUGGUCGCUCAGUGUGGUGGGGUCGAGGCCCUGAUUCAUGCCGUGCUUCGAGCUGGAGAGAAGGAGGAUGUGGCCGAGCCGGCCGUCUGUGCCCUGCGACAUCUCACGAGCCGCCACCCCGACGCAGAACUGGCCCAAAAUGCAGUGCGUCUGCAUUACGGCAUCCCUGCCAUCACUAAGCUCUUGGGCCAGCCGCACUACUGGCCUGUUAUCAAGGCCACAGUGGGCUUGAUUCGCAACUUGGCUCUCUGUCCAGCCAAUCAGGCGCCUUUGAGGGAGGCCGGAACUAUACCCCGAUUGGUCAACCUGCUCUUGAAAGCUCACCAGGAAACACAAAGGCAUGGUUCAGGUGCUCAGCAGACCUAUCAGGAUGGCGUGCGAAUGGAGGAGAUUGUAGAAGGUUGCACGGGCGCUUUGCACAUCCUGGCCAGAGAUCCAAUCAGCCGGGGGGAAAUCGCCAGCCUGCAGACCAUUCCUCUGUUUGUGCAACUUCUGUACUCAUAUGUGGAGAAUAUAAAGCGUGUAUCUGCGGGUGUUUUGUGUGAGCUGGCUCUGGACAAGCAGUCUGCAGAGAUGAUUGACGCAGAGGGCGCCUCUGCACCUCUCAUGGAGCUCCUACACUCACCCAAUGAGGGGAUCGCCACUUACGCUGCGGCUGUGCUCUUCCGCAUCUCUGAGGACAAGAGUUCAGACUACAGAAAACGUGUUUCGGUGGAGUUGACCCACUCCCUCUUCAAACACGACCCUGCAGCCUGGGAGAUGGCACACGCCGCCAUGCCACUCGACCCUGGAUACAUGCCUGACGAGCUGGAUGCAGUAUACACUCCAUAUGGUUACCCUGAUAUACCCAUGGACUGUGUCCCACUGGACCCAGAGCUGCACGAGCAAUACAUGCCAGAAAUGACCUAUGACCCUCGACAGGUGUAUCCAAAUCCUCUUUAACAACACUGCCAGAAGGUCGAGUGAAAUAGAUGGUGGUGGAAACUUCAAAACGGUUUCUUUCCUGGAUCAGGCUUGGACCAGGGCCUGAAAUGUGCAGUGCUCGACAGAAAGAACAAAACACGACACUUGCUUUAGUUCACCACUGGUCUGUUUGGAAGUGAACUCUAAGCACUGCCUAACUCAUCUUGUUAUCUUGUGCUACUAACAGAGUGACAAAGCCUAAAAGUGUGUGAUGCGAUAAGCAUGUGGUCAUGACGUGUACAUUUUGUACUUUAUACUGUUUGUCCAAAGAUGUCCCGAAAACGCUGUUUUAGAAAUGUAGCAUAACUAGCUAGCUGCUCGGCCACAACAGGGUUUGUUUUUCUUUGCGUUCCGUGUAUUUGUUGCUAAGAGGCUUUGCUGCCAAGUAGAAAAAAAAACUAAAACAUACUAAACUACAGUGUAAAACUAUAAAAUUACAGCGACAGAAAAGAAACAGGUUGCAUACAAACUUAUACAGUUCAACAACUGACAUACAGUAUAUAUGUAUAUACACUGUGUGUGUGUGUGUGUGUGUGUGUGUGUGUGUGUGUGUGUGUGUGUGUGUGUGUGUGAGAGAGAGAGAGUGUGUGAGCGUGUAUUUAUCACUUUGUGGGGACCAAAUGUCCCCAUAAGGAUAGUAAAAUCCGAAAUUUUUGACCUUGUGGGGACAUUUUGUCGGUCCCCAUGAGGAAAACAGCUUA